AGGAUCAACAAAAUUCCAGUGGCUCAUUGUCUACGUCGUUUAGUAUUAAAUAAAAUUGCAACGAUACAGUCGCCAGAUUACCCCAGAAAUGUUACUCUCGCGAAGUUGGAAGACCCACGUCUUCCAUCGGUAUCAGCUAUUCUUUUCGCUUCCUCGGUAUUUCAGCUCUAGAAAAAUCGUGAACCCUGAUCACCAAACGAAGCCUUAUCGCGAUACCUGUGACCAAUUUAAAUCUUCCGCUCCGAGGGAACUCCCUUCACGAUGUGAUGUGGUCAUUAUUGGAGGAGGUGGGAUGGGAUCGUCAGCAGCAUAUUUUCUAAAAAAGAAAGCUGGAAAGAGCCUCGAUGUGGUUGUGAUUGAAAAGGAUUGCACGUAUAGGAAAGCUUCAACGGCUUUAUCUUCUGGAUGCAUACGACAACAGUUCACCAUUCCACAAAAUAUCAUGAUGUCUCGCUUCACUGUGGAAUUUCUACGCUUAUUUAAAAAGGAUAUUGAUCCUGAUAUUGACCCCAACCUCACAUGCAAUGGGGUUCUAACUUUAACCAAUGAAGAGGGUGCCGAGAAUAUGAAGAAAUGCGCUGGUCUCCAGAAAGAACUUGGAGUUAAUGUUGAACUUCUAACGGCGGACGCUCUGAAAAGCAAGUUUCCGUGGAUCAGAACUGAUGCAGUUGCAUUGGCGGCGUUCGGUUGUGUGAACGAAGGCUGGUUUGAUCCCUGGGCUUUGAUGAUGGGACUUCGAAGAAAAGCUCAGAGCCUUGGAGCUCGAUAUGUAGAGGGCGAAGUCACUGAUUUCAUCUUCAAGUCAACUGGUGGAGAGUAUGAUGCUAUUGACGAAGUAGUUUUUAGGACUGCUGACAGUAAGCAACACGGGAUAAAAUUUAAUCAAUGUAUACUGGCAGCUGGUGCAUACUCAGGUGACAUUGCAAGGAAGGCAGCUAUUGGAACAAAAUCGGGACUUUUGAGCGCACCAUUGUCGAUUGAACCACGCAAAAGAUAUGUCUACGUGAUUAAGUCCCAAGGAGAUAACAUCCCGCCUCUGACAGCACCCCUAGUAAUAGAUACCUCGAAAGCCUAUUUUCGUCGAGAUGGCACGGCUGGUAAUUUUAUUUGCGGACGAUCUCCUCCAAAGGAUAACGAACCAUCAACUGACAAUCUAGACGUGGACAUGGAUUUCUUUGAAACGAAUAUUUGGCCUCAAUUGGCAUACCGCAUUCCGGCAUUUGAGUCUUUGAAAGUUGUUGGUUCCUGGGCUGGAUUCUACGAGUUUAAUAAAUUCGAUUGCAAUGGGGUUCUGGGAAAACAUCCAGCUUAUGACAACUUUUAUAUCAUGGCAGGAUAUAGUGGUCACGGGAUACAGAAAAUACCAGCGGUUGGACGGGGUAUUGCUGAGUUGAUUGUGGAUGGUGGAUUUAAGACGAUUGAUUUGAGCUUGUUGGGUUUUGAUCGGGUGGUAGAGAAUAAGCCACUAGUUGAGUUGGCAUUAGUGUAGGAUAAAAUUUGUUAAUAUUAUUUUUAAGACAAUAUAAAUACUUACAUCUUUAAGGA